CUAUGGAAAGCUUCAACACCAGUUUGGGAGGAGGCUUCAUUUUGGUGGGGUUCUCAGACUGGCCUCAACUAGAAAUCAUCUUCUUUAUUUACAUUUUGAUUUUCUACUCCUUCACUCUCUUUGGCAACACCGCCAUCAUCACUCUCUCCAGAAAGGACCCUCAAUUACACACUCCCAUGUACUUCUUCCUCUCCCACCUCUCCUUCCUGGACCUCUGCUUCACCACCAGCACCGUGCCCCAGCUCCUGAUCAACCUUCGUGGACUUGACAGGACCAUCAGCUAUGGAGGAUGUGUGGCCCAGCUGCUCAUAUCUCUUGCUCUGGGCUCCACAGAGAGUUUGCUCCUGGUGGUGAUGGCCUUUGACCGCUAUGCUGCUGUGUGUCGUCCCCUGCACUACACGACCAUCAUGCACCCCCUUCUCUGCCAGGCAUUGGCUGUUGUCUCCUGGGUGGGAGGCCUCAUGAACUCUCUGAUCCAGACAAGCCUCAUGAUGACCAUGCCCCUCUGUGGCCGUCGACUGAACCACUUCUUCUGUGAGAUGCCUGUGUUCCUCAAGUUGGCCUGUGAAGACACUGAAGGGACAGAGGCCAAGAUGUUUGUGGCCAGAGUGGUGAUUGUUGCAAUUCCAGCUGUGCUCAUCCUGGGCUCCUAUGCACAGAUUUCCAGGGCAGUGCUGAAGGUCAAGUCAACAGCUGGGCGCAGAAAGGCUAUUGGGACCUGUGGUUCCCACCUCCUGGUAGUUUCUCUGUUUUAUGGCUCAGCCACCUACACAUACUUACAGCCCAAAGACAGCUAUUCUGAGAGCAAGGGGAAGUUUGUUGCCCUUUUUUAUACUAUCAUUACCCCCAUGCUCAACCCUCUGAUUUAUACCCUGAGGAACAAGGAUGUGAAGGGGGCUCUGUGGAGGGUGCUAGGGAGAGGCACAGCCACAGGGUAGGAAAGAACAGGUGAGCAGUAAAAAGCUUUAUAUUCUGUCAGUCCAGAGGGUUUCAGUGGGAGAGGGGAGUUAGAUGUCAAUGCAAGUACAAUUAAUAUGUACAUUCAUGUGACUGUCAAAGCAUAUAAAAUUAGAAAAACAAAAACAAAAACAGUUCUGGGCUGGCAAGAUGGCUCAGCAG